AUGUCCUCUAAGAAAACCCACGAUCGACAGGUGCUUCUCAAUGACAUCGUUAAUCUUGGUUUUCCCGCUGCCAUGAAGUGUUCCUACUGUCAGACCCACAGUCGCAACUGUAUCAUGAGCACCCGUCACACCCGUUGUUCUGAAUGCAUUCGCGUCGGACGCUCGAAAUGCGACGGCAAGCCUGAGUUCCUCGACGGUUACGAGGCUCUGGCCAGGCAGGAAGAAAAACUAGAGGAGGAGGAAGAGGAGGCGAUGGCAAAAAUCCUUCGCCUUCGUAAACAAAAGAAAUUCCUUCAGCGUCGUCGCAACGACAUGAUGGCUCGUGGCUUCAAGUCCCUACAGGAACUAGACGAAGCAGAAGAAAAGGAGCGAGAGAAAGAAAAAGAGAUGGAGAAGAAGGAGAUGGAGGAGGAAGCCGCCAGGCCGGCGAGUCUUCCUACGUCCUCCGGUUCCGAUUCCGCCCUUGACCUGGGCCUUGACCCGACCUUUUUCGAGGCCUUCCCUCCUGACCACGAGAUGUGGGCAACCCUGGGUUUCGGCGGUGGAACUCCUGAAGUUCCUCCGAGUACUGGGUAA